UGUGUGUGUGUGUGUGUGUGUGUGUGUGUGUGUGUGUUUUAUGGCCGUUCGCUGUCCGGCGGCUCGCGGUGCUGAAAUCACGGCGCACAACAACAACAACAGCAACAAUAAGAAUGUAAGAGCGAUGAAAGCCACAAGCGGAGAUUUCCAUCAUGGACGAUGAUCUGUUCCAGCUCAGACAGCUGCCCGUGGUGAAGUUUCGGCGUACAGGCGAUAGCACGUAUUCAGAGUAUGAGUGUGGAACGAGGGAUCAGAUGGUGCAGGUCGAAGGCGGAAACAUUGACGCAGGGUCUGUGGCUCUGUCUGACGGAGCUCCAGUACCGCAAGAGUUUGCCAACCCCACUGACGAUACCUUCAUGGUGGAAGAUGCUGUGGAGGCCAUUGGCUUUGGUCCAUUUCAGUGGAAGCUUUCUAUCCUCACAGGCCUUUCCUGGAUGGCAGAUGCCAUGGAGAUGAUGAUCCUCAGUAUCUUGGCCCCUCAGCUGCACUGUGAGUGGAGGCUCCCCAACUGGGAGGUGGCACUGCUCACUUCGGUGGUGUUUAUCGGCAUGAUGACCAGCUCUUCAUUAUGGGGGAACAUAUCUGAUAAAUAUGGGCGAAAAACAGGUCUGAAGAUGAGUGUCCUGUGGACUCUGUUCUAUGGCGUCCUCAGUGCAUUCGCCCCUAUUUAUGGCUGGAUUUUGUUCCUCCGAGCUCUGGUCGGUUUUGGUAUUGGAGGAGCUCCUCAGUCAGUGACGCUGUAUGCUGAGUUUCUGCCCAUGCGCUCCAGAGCUACAUGCAUUCUGCUCAUUGAGGUGUUCUGGGCUCUGGGCACGGUGUUUGAGGUGCUGCUGGCGAUUCUGGUCAUGCCGACGUUGGGCUGGCGCUGGCUACUCGCUCUGUCUACAAUCCCACUCUUCAUCUUCGCCAUCCUCUGCUUUUGGCUUCCUGAGAGUGCCCGCUAUGACGUUCUGUCUGGAAACCAGGAGAAAGCUCUGAACACACUCAAACGCAUCGCUACGGAGAAUAAAGUUCCCAUGCCACUGGGCAAACUGAUAGUGGCACGCCAGGAGGACAGAGGGAAGAUUAAGGAUCUAUUCUUGCCUCAUUUCCGCUGGACUACAGUUCUCCUCUGGUUCAUAUGGUUCUCCAAUGCGUUCUCUUACUAUGGCCUUGUACUGCUGACCACAGAGCUUUUCCAGGAGGGCGGCGCCUGUGGACAGACUAACGGCAGUAAAACAGAGCCGAGGUGUAACCUGGAGUGCAAGUACCUGAACUCGGAUGACUACAAAGACCUGCUGUGGACGACGCUUUCAGAAUUCCCAGGUCUUCUGGUGACGCUGUGGGCGAUCGAUAGGCUGGGGAGGAGGAAGACCAUGGCGCUGUGUUUCCUCGUCUUUUCACUCUGCAUCGUGCCGCUCUAUGCCUGCGUGGGCAGGACAUCUUUAACAGUGCUGAUCUUUAUUGCGAGGGCGUUUAUUGCCGGAGGUUUCCAGGCAGCUUACGUUUACACACCUGAGGUGUAUCCGACAGCGACGCGGGCUCUGGGUCUGGGCACGAGCAGUGGCAUGGCCCGUGUUGGGGCUCUCAUCACACCUUUCGUGGCUCAGGUGAUGCUGGAGUGGUCAGUGUAUCUGACUCUGUCGGUAUACUGUUGCUGCUGCCUGCUGGCCGCCGUGGCAUCGUGUGCUUUACCCAUAGAGACAACGGGCCGAGGCCUCCAGGAGUCCAGCCACAGAGAGUGGGGCCAGGAGAUGAAGGGCCGAGACUCCAUCCCUCGCUCUAACUCCUCAUCCACCUCCCAGCAAUGAGAGAGGUGGAGAGAGGGUAGGAUGGAAUAGGGAGAGAAAAGUGAGAUGAUGAUGAUAAUGGAGGGGAAAAUAAGGACAGAUGAAGAAAAUAGACAGGGGAUAGACAGAAGGUCAUUAGAGGAACAAGGGUAAGUAAAAAGAUUGAGAGAAGGAAAUGAUGAAGGGAAAUCAAAGUUAAAAAAAGAAAUGGGGCAGACAGAGACUUAUAGAAGGGGGAGAAAGAGAAGUUUAUUUGUAUAAUAUAUGAAGAAAAUGGAGUCAAGCAUCAAAGCCUGAAUUAUGCCUGAAUUAUGAAUCACAUGAGUCAUGUAGUCACAUGAGACUAUUUGAUUCAGCGAGUCAGUGAUUCAGUGGGACAAAUGCUUGUUGGACUUCUGUAUUCUCAUAUAUACUGGACCAGUGUGUAUCCCAGCUGCUGAAAGCAGACACACACAUCAGGAGCUGCUUGAUGACUGUAAUCACACUAAUCCACCUGUGUUAAUUAUUAUCUCAGACAAAAGCUUGAUAAUGUUCGCUGUGGAUGAUGUUCAACAUUCAGUGGAUAGUUCACGCAGAUAUUAAUCAUUAGCACUGCUGAUAAGGAAAUGGUGGUCGGUAGGAGCCUAUUAGCAUGAUGCAGAUGAGGUUGUGCUAACAGAUCUCGCUACAUUGCUUUUGACCUUAUUAGCUUGUUUUUCUUUUUAAAGAGUUAAAUUUCUCAUACGAGAGAACAAACUAAGAAUUAAAGCAAAAAUGAGAUUGAAACAAUUUCACACUUAUCCCAAAUGUUGCCUAUUAACUAAGACAUGUUUGGUGUCUGUAGAUUGCUUCUUUAGUUUUGCACUAGAGUUACAGUCAGGUCCAUAAGUAUUUGGACAGUAAUAC